CCAAAAACAGGUUUUAGAACUUUGUCAACAACCUUCCAGAGGACAGUCAAAUAAUGAUGUGCACAGCAUUUACUGUCCCCCAACACUACCUGACAAACCAUAUUUUCCAAGUUUACUUAUUUCCUCUAUUUUACAUCACCUUCUGUCUCUCCAAAGUCCCUGUGCCCCUCUCCUCACGUCUUACUCUUUGAAGACAUUCUUGCCUCAUAAUUCAUUGAGAAAAUAAAAGUAAAUCAGGAACAAACACCCUCAUUUCCUACACUCCCGUAUUUCUAACCUGCCUACCUGUCUCCAUGCCUUCUAUGCCAUAACUGUGCACCUGCAUCUGCCUUCUAUGCCAUCACUACGGAUGAAGCAUCCCCCCUACUAAACAGCAACCAUUAACUUGUGUCCUGGAUCCCUCUCCCUUCUUUGCCCUUGCAAAUCUUUCCCUCUCCUAUAUCAAUUUUCCUCCCUUUACAUGCAAGUAUGCCUCAGCAUCUCCCAUCUUCAAAAUGCCCUCCACUGACCACACCGCCUUAUCCAGCUGUUGCCCCCAAGUUAAGUUGUCUCCCUUUUGUCACCUUACAUUUGCUUCUCAAACUGUUAAAGCAUUUAUUUAAAUCUCACUCCUCCCAGAGACCGCUCGCGUCAAAGCUACCAGUGAUGUCUAUAUUGCUGAAUCCAAUAGUCUUGACAUCAGUGUUAUCAUGUUCUUUCUGAUUUUCCUCCUGCCUCCGUGCUUCCUCUUCAUCCUUUACUUGACCUCUACAUGGUGAAGGGUCCCAGAGCUUUGUUCUUGGCCCACUUCUUUUUAGCUACACAUAUUCCUAGGUCAUCCAACCAAGCCCCAAGUCUAUAAUGGCCAUGACUCCAGUUUAUUCAAAUGUCUACUACUUGGCAGUCAUGGAUGUCUAAAAGGCAUCUCAAACUUAGCAUGACCAAACCAUAACUCUUGAUUUCCCUCCCCCCCAGCCUACUCCUCCCCAAAAUGUUUCACAUCUUAGAAGUGCCAGGACUAUCCACUCAGUUCCCCAAGUCAAAAAUCUAGAAGUUAUUCUCGAAUCCUCUCUCCCUAACCAACUCAACAUCUAACCCAUUAGCAAGUUCCACAGACUUUACUCCAAAAUAUUUAAACUCUAAUUAUUUCAGUCUCCACCACUAUCAGCCACAACGAAGCCACUUGCUGGCAUGCACUUCUGGAACAGCAUCCAAUUGGUGGACUCGAUUAACUUUCGCCACAUAACCACCCCCAAAACUUUGUGACUUAAAACAUUAUUUCUCACAUUCUGUGGGUUGGCUGGUCAGUUCGUCCGAUCAAUGUGGUUGUGGCCAGGGAAGGAUAGCCCGGGAGAGCUUCACAUGUUCGCAGUUGGUUGGUUGUCAGCUGGAUGUGGGCCGUGACUUGACCACGUGUCCCUCAUCAUCCAUCAGGCUAGCCCACACUCAUUCCUAAGAUGGUGGUCACAGGACUCCCAAGUUCAGCAAGAGGGCAAGCCCCAACUCACAAGUGUUUUUUAAGCCUCUGCUUGCAUGAUGUUAAUGUCCCACGUCCAAAGCAAGUCACAGUCCAGUGCAGUCAGUGGGGGUAGACACCACCAAAGAGUAUAAUUUGGGAGACUGGAAAUAAUUUGUGGCUAUUUUUACAAUCUGCCACACUCAUCUCCCUAUUUCCACCUCCUUUGCCUCUCUGAAAUCCAUUUUCCACACAGCAACCCAAGUAAUCAUUUUUAAACACACGCACACUCAUUUCACUCCCUGGUCCAAACUUAUGGCUUCGUUUAAAAUACAACCCCUGUUAUGAAUUUUAAAAUCCUUCCGGGAUCUGGCCUCUGCCUACCUGCCCAGCUCAUCUAAUACCGUCGACUCCUUGCCUAUUGUGUCCCAGCAAGAGUGAUCUUUUGUUUCCUUGAAUACAGAAAACUCCUUCAUGCCUCAGAUCUUUGCAUUUGUUCCCUUUGACUGAAAUACUCCUCCCCCUCAUAUUUGCGGGGCUGGCUUUGUCAUUCACAUUUCAGCUUAAAACUCAUUACAGCGAUCUUCCCCGUGCAGCCAAUUUAAGAAUGACUUCACCUUACUUAAAUUUUCUGCAAAGCACAUACCAGUGAUAUUUUGUUUGUCCCUGUUCAUCACGGCAUUCCCGAGGGCCUACAACACUGCCUGGCACAUAGGCAGCACAUAACAAACAUUUGUUGAAUUAAUGCAGAGCUGCAUACUACGUCCCAGGAUUGUGCUAAGCUACGGUUACUGUACCCUUCCCAUCUCAGCAGGAUAGUUUCACAAAAUGUAAAUUCCACAUUGAGGAUUAAUUGGAUGCACGUUACACCUCAUCCCACACCAGUAACUCGUCUUCCUCUAUUUCCCCACCACUCCCCUUGCCAAAUAAAAAGUGAGGAGGCAUUUGGAAAACUUAGGGUCAUCACUCUGGUCUUUUGCCACAUUUCGCUGGCUUCAUCGAGCUCAACGCAACAUGAAGUACUAACAGCAGCAGCACCUGCGAUGAGAGGGUGAAUGAAGGUAGAUUUCACCGCCCGCGGGCGGCAAGGGAUCUGCCGCAGCUCUAAAGCACUGCAUGCUGGGAGUUGUAGUCUCCCGGGGGAGGCCUGGUCCGGUAGGACCGGGGCCCCCGCGGCAUGCAGGGAGUUGUAGUCGAAGGGCUGUUGAGACUCCGCCUCUGCACUUAUAGUAGCAAGGGGGAUCCUCACUGCAUGCUGGGAACUGGAGUCUUCCUGGGUCCCCGUUCUUCCAGGACGCGGAGGCGCCGGAGUUGCCGCCAUUUUAGGUCCCGAGGUGCGCCGGCCGAGAACCAGAGCGCAGGCGGGCUCAGUUCUGGCGCCGGGCCGGCCCCGCCCCCGGGGCGCCUGGCGCCCGCCCCUUGCUCAAGCCCCGCCUUUCCCCACGUGUCUGCCGCCUAGGGGAGGUGCCUCAGCCGGAGCGGGCCGCCAACGGUCCGGCCCCGUCCGCACAGAGGCUCCUGUCGGCGGCGCCCGGGAGCGGCUCGGCUGCCAGAUGCUUCCGCCCCGGCUGCCGCGGGCCGGGCUGUACGCUUAGUGCCCGGCUCAGGCCCCCUGAAGCGCCCGCGGGGGUGAGAGCGGCCUCCGGCCCCGCGCAGACGGAGCGGCUUGAGGACGAGGCGGCGGCCGCGGGGAGGAGGAUGGGGGCUAACCAGUUAGUGGUGCUCAACGUGUACGACAUGGUGAGUGCGGCCCCUGGCGGCCCCGAGCCCUGGCCCAGGCCGGCUUCCUCUCGCCCAUGGGGCUCGGACCCCGGCCCCAGGCGCUUCCUGCCUGGCGUCCCCGCCUCCAGCCUAGUUCUCGGGGGAAGCCGGGGGUAAAGGAGGGAGUAUUGUUAUUUUUUAAUCCUCGCACUCGUCGACGCUCCGGUGAACCCAGUCAGCCCGAGGGUUUUGGCCAAAGCUCGGGUGGGCUUGAACCUCUCCCAUCCGCUCAGCUUGGCCCCGACCCCGGCUCUGGGCCCGACCCCUUGGCCGACGUGCAGUGUCCUUUCGGCAAAGCUUCCGUUGCGUUUCCAACCCCCCUUGCCGGCCCCCGGGGCUGCCCCAGGACCCCCGUCCCGACCGCCUGCGCUCCCAGCUCCUCUGCUUCUGCCGAACUGUACAUCUCUCUCCAUGGCUACGUCUUCAAAAACUCCCAAGCCCCUUUAAGUCCAGAAAGUCACAGCUUUCGGGUGCCUGUGCUAGAAUCUCUUCAAAGGUGAACAGGAGCCAACACACCCUUUCCUUGUGUGUUAAAGGCAACCUCGUUAAAAUAUGAAUGAGGCUAACAUUUAUCAAGAAAAUAGCCCAGCUGAAUUAUUUAGAGAUCCUGGUGGUGCUCCUUUCCUACACUCUGAAGACCACUUUCCAGUAUUGGAUGAACGAAUAUACCUCAUCCAUUGGAAUUGGAGUUUUUCAUUCAGGAAUUGAAGUCUAUGGCAGAGAAUUUGCUUAUGGUGGCCAUCCUUACCCCUUUUCUGGAAUAUUUGAAAUUUCCCCAGGAAAUGCUUCUGAACUAGGAGAAACAUUUAAAUUUAAAGAAGCUGUUGUUUUAGGGAGCACGGACUUCCUAGAAGAUGAUAUAGAAAAAAUUGUAGAAGAACUGGGAAAAGAAUACAAAGGCAAUGCUUAUCAUUUAAUGCAUAAAAACUGCAAUCAUUUUUCUUCAGCUUUAUCAGAGAUUCUUUGUGGGAAAGAGAUUCCUCGCUGGAUCAAUCGACUUGCCUACUUCAGCUCCUGUAUACCCUUUCUACAGAGUUGCCUCCCGAAGGAGUGGCUCACGCCCGCAGCUCUGCAGUCUAGUGUCAGCCAAGAACUCCAGGAUGAACUGGAGGAAGCAGAGGAUGCUGCCGCAUCCGCUUCCGUGGCAAGCACUGCAGCAGGCUCCAGACCCGGGCGCCACACUAAACUAUAAAUGUCUCCAAAGUCACACAUUCAGAACUGUCUCUGGCAGUCGAAUAUCACUAGAGAAAAGUAAACAGAGAAGCAUCCUUUAGAUAUUUUGUAUGCAAAGAUGGCUCUCCCCCAAAUCCCAGUUUUUCAGCUCAGGAUUAUAUUUGUAAUCAAAAAAAAUCACUUGGCGCAGGAGGGAGAACUUUGUAAGAAGCUGCCCUCUGUUUUUUUUAUCCACUCGUAAAUCUGGAUUUAUUUCUUCUGUUUUAUACAAGCUCUGUUAAGUUAUGUUUACAGUAUUUUGUAUCGCUGUUUACAAAUCUUGCAUGGACUCCUGCCACAGUGAAAGAAGAAAAUCUUCAUGUCUUCAAAAAUUAGGCAGGUAAUCUUUGUAUACUUCUGACAAUUGCCAGAUCUAUGGCAUAAAUAGGCACACAAAAAGGUACUUAAACAGUUAUAGUCACCAUCACCUGCUUAAGAAUGGUCUUUUAGAUUUGUGUUUGUUUUGUUAAAGUUGUUGGCACCAGGAUGCAGAGAAUCAGACUGGCCUGAGGUGAAGGAGCACACAGCCCUGAGGGCUUGGAACCCUGGGUCCAGUUCCUCUUCACACCCCCUUCCACUCUGAGUAGCACAUCUCCCCAGGUGCCCAUGGAACACCUGCUUUCAUCCCAAAUAUCUGUCCACCUAGGCGGGGUGGUAUGUUCUUACGUCUCUCUGACUUUGAUGCCACUCAUUUUAUAGUUUAGCUGGUUUUCGUUCAAGAUAUUCUUGGUAGUAACUGACAAGUAUGUUGCACAUGUAUUGGGGGAGGCGCUUCAUUUUUAUUUUAAUACACAUGUAUUUCCUCCUUGCACAGGAUUUUGAUGGUGUGGGAAUAUCCUAAGUGGUAGCCUUCCAAGUAGCAGUGAGUUGACAUUCAACUGCUUUUAACUAUUCAGGCUACCUUUUAUACUAAACCUUGAAAACUAGAAUCUAAUGUCUACCCCAAAAAAGUAGUUCUUUGAUAUUUUAUACUUUUUAUGUACCAUGUCAGAAAGAGUAUGUUGGCGUUUGUCAUGGGAGUCAUUUCACAUCAUAAUAGAAUGCCUAGUCUCAUUGACCAAUCGUUAAAAAAUCAUAUUUGUGUGUCUUAAGAUUCAUAUUUAUAUGUUCUCUCAAAUGUAUGUCUCUUACGUAAUAUACUCUAAGAAUGAAACUGUCACCACAGGUAAAUCCUUGUUAGCAAGGAAUCUGUCUGCUCCAGUCUACUCCUAGUUUGACCCUUGGAUGUAAGAACCAAGUCAUUACAUGUCAAAUUCAAUUUUUCUGCCUUAAGAAUGAAUGUCCUUCGUAAAAUAUUGGAUGCAGUGUAACACUAUCCAAGGCAGUGACUUCAGCUUUAUAUACAUAUAAAAUAUAGUUUUAAAAUUAUUGACAUUUAUUUAAACUUUUAGAUUGGAUUGUUUGCUAUUGCUCUGUGUGAGGAUACAUAAUCUUUCAGUAAACUAUAUUUUUAACUUUUCCAUAAGCUGAUUUUGUUUCAUUUUAUCAACGUAAGCACACCCUGUUCAUAGGGAAAAUAAACCUUGGGUUAUAAGCAUUAGCCUGAGGACAAUGAAGCCACUUAACCUAAUUUAUGCUUUCGACUGUUCUGUUUCCAGAGAGGAAAGCCUUUACAAAUUACUCUCAGUUCUUUAGGGGCAGAAGGCUUGUUUCAAGAGGUUUGACAGAAGAAAGGAAUAUAUGAACUUAAUGAGAUGUCGACUUGGUUCAGGUCUAAAAAUGAGGGCAAAACACUAAGGCUCUAGCAGUGACCUGUUCACUAAAAAGAAAGAGUCCUGUCCCCAAAUGGUUAGUACAAAGCCUUGGAUACAGUUUGCUUGUAAUAUUUUUAAUAAUGUGAGGAGUACAGUUUUUUCUAAGUCAUUCAAGUAUAUAUGAUUUAAACCUGGGCUACUGACACACACACACAGUAGCCAUUAGUUAGACACUUCUUGGUGAAUAUCAGGAACAUCCCAUCUGUGCUUAACCAGAAUCCAGCAAGUCAGCACACAAGUGAUUUUAUUGUUAUUUUGUUGUAUUUACUUUCAUCUGCAGCAUUUGGAGUUUAAAAAUAAUGUAAAGGGUUCUAGUAGAAAUAGUGUCCUAAGGCCAAUUACCAUACUAACAAUCAGCAGAUAAAAUUCUGGACGUGAGAUUCCUUAUAAUCUAAUUAUACCUGAGGUUGAGCAAGAAAUGUCUUCCUUUAGAAAAUCUCAUUCAAGUCAGGUUCUUCUCUACAGUUCAAAAUUGAGAAUGGAUUUAAUUAACUAGCAUUUAGCCAGCUUUUUCUUGCCCUUGGAGAAGAAGAAUCAUUCUCAACCUGAUAAUCUGUUAAGAAAAACCCUAUAUGAACAAUCUGGCCACUAAUAUACACAUGAUACAGAGCCUCUUUGUUGUAACCAGGUGAACAUACUUCUCAUGGUGGGUUGGACAGUAAUACAUGUUAGAGGGUCAGAAGCUUCUGGUUUCUGCUGUUUGCUUUAAAUACCCUUGGGGUUUUUUUUUAAACCCUUACAAGGGGAGCAUCAGCUUUGGAAAGUGUGACUCUGUAGGAGUGUAGAAGGCAGUGGUGUAUGAUCUUAGCCUCGUCCUGAUGCCUGAAUCCAGCCAGCUGUUGCUCUGACCCACAGCAAUAGAGCAAGUUACCCAUCACCAGCAUUUGUACAGAGCAGGGAAUUCUGGUUUUAGUCCAUUGGUAGCAUUGUGUGUAUGAGGAGAUUCAACACCACAGACAGCUGCAGGACUCGAUAUCCAUGGCUUCUUUCCAUCACAAAACGGGUAGAAACACAUUCACUGCUUCAGGGUUCUAAUCUGUGUGUCUCCUUAUGACUCCAUUUCUGUAAGCUACUCUGUAACUUUGAUAUAUGCUGUAUUUUCUUUAAAAGAUUUAGAUGUUUUUUCAGCAAGCUAGCCAUACAACCAUUGUAUCUCUUUCUCUUCAGUAUGGUUUAGAGCCCAGAUCAGUUAGUAGGCUUUCAUUGUCUUCUCUUUCAAUACAUGUACAUCUUUACUUUUUGAAAAGUGUUACAGCUGUCAAAGAAUCUUCAUGGACCUGAAGAUAAUUUCUUGUGAAGUUGAAUGCAAGUGUACUGUCAUUCAUAGUGUUUAUAUCAAAAUACCAGGAAUCUUCACUUUUGCUACCUUGAUAUAGCAUUGGGCUAUCAUGUUACAACACUGAAAUACAUUGAUUUAUUAAAAAAUACUUUUAUAAGAAA